GUGUGAAGCGUACGUGAAACGUUUAAUGUUUUAUUAAGUGAAUUGCCAAUUGGACUGUUAGUUGUCUUGCCAACUUCUUCUCGUGUCUCAAGAGUUUUUAAAAGUGCUUAUUCACGUUUGUUCUGGCAUAAAAAAUUUGGUAUUAGAAAAAUAAACGUUCGAUCAAGAUAAUGCAUGUCCCAUUACGAAUACAUAUCAUGUAUUAUUGCGCCGUAAUGUUCGUUAGAUGUUCUGUAGAUUAUAUUUAUACGCGCAAGUUAAAACGGAAAAUGGGAUUGAUUGCUAUUGUGACAUUUUGGAUGGCUAGUUUUCUAUGCAUGGCCGUACCAAUAGAAGCUGCAAGGAUCUUGGCGAUUAUUCCAAUACCAUCCUAUAGUCAUCAAAUCCCUUAUCGACCGAUAUGGAUUACUUUGAGUCAACGGGGACAUGAAGUCGUCGUUUUAACAACGGAUCCAAUUAAUAAUAGCAAUUUGACAAAUUUGACAGAAAUCGACUUUAAACACAAUUACGAGCAAAUACAACGACUGGAUUUUCUUAAAAAUAUACUGAAUGGUGAAACGUGGAUAACAACACAACAAGAGCAAAUUGAGCCUAUGGGCCAUGUAAUAACGGAAAAUAUUUAUCAACAUGACAAAGUACGUAAGAUGUAUGCACCAAACAGUGACCAAAAAUUCGACGUAGUUAUCGCAGAAGUUCUAAUAACACCUGGCUUAUAUGCCUUGGCACAUAGAUUUAAUGCACCUCUUAUAGGUAUAUUGUCAUUAGGAUUGGUCAGUUAUAAUAUGUAUCUUCAAGGCAUACCCGUUUUGCCAUCACACCCUUCGUCUUGGGAGAUGCGAGUUAACACCGAUUUGAAUUUAUCAUUGUGGAAAAGAAUUACGAAUUUUAUCGACCAGUGGUAUCACUUAUAUCAUGUAUUAAACAACUUCUAUCCGCAUCAGCAAAUGUUAGCAGAAAAAUAUCUCGGAAAAAAUAUACCGGACAUAAGUGAUCUGGAGAGGAACAUAAGUAUUAUUCUCUAUAAUCAACAAGAAGUUCUCUCAUUUGUCAGGCCAACAACACCUAAUUUUAUACCAUUUGGAAACUUACAUGUUUCAAAAAAAUCUGCAGAUUUACCGAAAGAUCUUAAAGACUUUAUGGCAGACGCACCGAAUGGAUUUAUUUACAUGAGUCUAGGCACGAAUGUUAAAAUAUCAUCAUUUCCCAACCAUGUGCUAGAUAUAUUUAUCGAUGUAUUUGCAAGCUUGCCAUACAAAAUCGUGUGGAAGCUUGAUAAGGAAUUGCCAAAUAAACUUGACAAUAUCUACACCGCUCAAUGGUUUGCUCAACAAAGCAUCCUUGCUCAUCCAAAUAUUAGAAUGUUUAUAUACCAAGGUGGACUUCAAAGUACGGAAGAAGCUGUUCACUAUGCGGUACCACUAUUAGGACUACCGAUAUUAGCCGAUCAAUUUACUCAAGUUUUAAAAAUGGUAACUCUUGGAGUUGCAAAGAAAUUAAAUGUUAUAAGUAUUACAAAAGAAGAUUUGAACGCAUCUAUAAUUGAAAUAAUAAGCGAUAAAAGAUAUAAAGAAAGAAUGCUCGAACUUAAAGCAUUGAAUGAAGAUAAACCUUAUAAUCUUUUGGAAAAUACCAUUUGGUGGAUUGAAUUUGUUAUUCGUCAUAAGAGUGCUCUCCAUCUUCAUACAAGCAUUGCUAAUGAACCUUGGUAUAAGAGAUAUGACACGGACAUUAUAGCAAUUUUAUCAAUUGUCACAUUUAUAAUAUUACUCAGCGCGUUGAUAAUUAUUUAUAAAUUGAUAAAAAUAUCAUUUACUUGUUUUACAAAAACGUCAGUAGAUACUAAGAAAAAAAUUAAUUAAUUUUUAGUGAGUGCAACAUAAUUAUUAUUUCAUUUAUAUUGCCAAAUAACAAAUAAAAUAAGAUAUCAACAAUUUACUGAGAUAUUUAUAUCUCAUCUUUCUUUGAAACGUAAAAGUUCAGAUUUUGUUACACUGUAAUCAAUUGGAAAUUAUAUUUUUUAUCAUUCUUGUACAUAUUAGUCUCAAUUUUUGUUAUUA